UGAUAGGUUACUAAAACUCCUCAACAUCCCACUCACAAUAACUACUGAAUAUAUUUUAUUUUGCUUUUCAAGGAAAUUUACUAUGAAACCCGAGAAACUUUCUGCAAAACGCAGUAGUUUUUACACUUCUCCUCCUCCUCCUCCUCCUCUUCUUCUUCUUCUUCUUCUCCUCCUCCUCCUCCAUUUCUCCUGCACACUGAACCGGGAAGGAAGGAGGGAGAAGUUUGAACUCCGAGUGGAGUAGAAGUAAAGAGAGUUUUUAACCUUCACACGGGCUGCUGGUGGUGUUUUGUCUCAGACAUGGAGUCCUGCAGGGUUCCUCACCAUGUCCUGCUUUUAUUCAUCCUGAUGUUCAUCACAGUAUCUGUAUCAGCUCUCACUACUGUAUGGGUGAAGUUUAAUCAGACUGCUGAUCUGCCCUGUAAAUAUGAAUGUUCUGGUUCGGUUAAAUGGACUCUGUUCACUAACCCAAAAGAUGUAUUGGCUGAGUGUGAUCAGACAUCCUGCAGGUCAUUAAAGGAGGGAUUUAAAAUGUCCCAUGAUCAGUACCCGAAGCGAGAUCUCAACCUCACCAUCACUGCAGCUGAUUACAGUAAGAGGGGUUUAUACACAUGUUGGUGUGAUGGCAGAGACAUUGAUGUGCGUCUCAGUAUCGAGCCGUUGACAUCAUCAGAUCAGAUAAACACUGGUGAAGAUCUGAAGCUGGAUUUGCACGUGUCAGAGGGAGUGAAGGUGAUCUAUAAGGGUGAAGAUUCAGCAGAUCCACAUGGUGAAGAGAUCUGCAGUGUGUAUAGAAGCUCACUACACUGUACAGAUGAAUACAGACCGAGAACAUCACUCUCUAACACAGUUCUUACACUGAAAGGAGUAAAGUCCACUGAUGGUGGUGCUUACACCGUGGAAGACACAGGGAAUAAUGAAGAUCUUCAUAUUUACUCUGUAUCAGUGAGAGAGAUGCAUCCGAACAGACAGCAGGAGAGCGCUAGACCAGUGUGGACGAUUGUCCUGAUAGUGCUGGUGGUGCACUGGUUGUUGUGCUUGUUGUGAAAACGAGGGGAAACCUAGGAACAGAGAGAUGAGCUCAGAAACAACACGGAAUAACCGUAAUGAUGAAGAUGAAGGUCUACAGCAGGAUUAAUCUGAGACAGCGCAGGACUGGAGUAAACACGUUCAGUCUUACAGUGUUGAUAUUCCAGCUCUCUACUCACUUUCUGGAAACAGCUGAGUUCAUGUUUUAUAUUCUACUGUUUUUAAUAUUUCAUAUUACACAAAUUUUCUUUGAAAAAAAAAGAUUUAUACUUUUCAUUGCCAUUUUUUAGACAUUUUAUAAAAGUAUUAUCAACUUGAAAUGUUUAUUUUUAAAUAUAAUUUUUUUUUAAAUACAAUUAAUUUUUUUCUGUUUUUCCUACCAAACCUUCACAUCCUGCUGCAUGUUGUAUAUUGCAGAAAUGCUGUUAAAUAGCACACUAUUGUAUUCUUGUCAUAUUUCCCACCUCUAGUAUGUGCUCAUGUUUGUGUUUAGCUGAUAAUCAGCUAUUUACGUUCUAACAUUUGCUUGUUUAUUACUUUCUGCAGUUGAUGUGAUGUAGAAUAUCAGAUGUGUUUGUAUAAAUCCAAAGAAUACAGAAAUUACAAAUAAAUGCAGAAAAACACAAA